AUGGAUCAUUCGGAGCUUCUUCACCGGUGCUUGACUGCGCCGCUAGCGCGCCAGACGGCCCUAGCGAUGUUUGGUCAAGCUCCGACGCCCUUCGCUCUCCUCCGCGACCUAAUUCUUGUGCUCCUGGCGGACGCGCGUUCUCCGGAGAACGGGACCAGGCUGGUAGCUGCGCAGCAGGAGCUUCAACGGGCAAACUUCCGAGGAAUGCCGGGCACCACCAGUGUGUUGAUGGACAAAGCGAGAGCGCUCCUGGCAACGGCAAGAGCCAGCGCGAAUGCCCCGCCAAUAGCGGGCGUGAUGAGGACCAAACCAUGGAUGGAGGCAAAGGAGGCUCUGGACGGGAUGGGGAUGGCGAGGAUCCUAGCGGACGAGAGAGCAGCGAGGGCGGCGGUGGCGGUAGUGGCGACGGUGGAGAUGGUCGCGGUUCCGACGGCAGCGGGAGCGGCACCCAAGACGGAGACAGAUACCUUCUUGCGUCUGUCGGAUGUGGAGUUCUGCGAAGGGGUCGGCACUCUCGAAAGCGGAGGAGCAAGUUCCGAGCUGUCGGUGACAAGCAACGAGGCGUUCGGAACAUCGACUGGCGGCGGAAGGAGCGGCGGGGGAGUCGAAAACGGCACCGUCCUGUCUCGACACCUCAGCGACUUCUUCCGGUCCCCGCUGUCGCUAGACUCGCCACCAGUCCAACGCUUUUCUUCGAUACGGUCGCUGUCUGACGUGCAGACCGGAGCUCGGCUCUUCAACAGCGUGAGGAGCGUUCGUUCGGAGGACGAUAAGCCAUCCAGGAAGAGCGGUAGCGGCAAGCUCUCCGACAGCGUCAGCUGUGUCCGUGCCUCCGGCGCUACAACCGGCGACACUGCCGAUGAUAUCUCCACAGGUCUUGGCGUCGGAGUCAUAGUCGAUGGCGAAGAAAGCCCACGAUGUUCUCCUCCGUCGGCCGUAUCCGAUUCCGCCGCCAGCCUCCUGGAUCCUCUUUCCCCGCACGGAGGCGCUACCAACGACCACUCCACGCCGCCGCCGAUUCCCGCCAACGGGACCGAAGACGUGCUGGUCAAGGAGAACGUCGACACGUUCCCGAAGACUGCGGUGGACCCCGUGCUCGAGGAACAUCUUUUUGUCUCUGACGCAGUCGCAACCUUCAAGCCCCUCGAAACGAUCGAGAGGGAGCAGGAGCGCGCCGCCGGCAUUGGCGAUGAAAGUGGCGGCGGUGGCGGCGGUGGUCGCGAGAGCGAGGAGGAGUGGUUGUCCCACCCGGAGGAGGAGGCCGACACCGCGCCCGCGGGGCCAGGGGAUUGGAUCGGACGCGCCCUUGAGGCCACCCUUGUGUCCAAGCGGGCAGAGGCUGCACCGCAGUGCGUCGCCACGGGCUGUGUCCAAGCAGACAACCCAGAGACGGCCGCCGCCGUAGCGGAGGGAGAGCGAGGGGGCGAAGAGGACGCGGGAGCCGGCGCCGGCCACGUGUGGGCUGGCCUUAACGACGACGGUUCGUGGCGGACGGAGGUGGCAAGGCGGGCAGCGGGGGAGGCCGGGGCGGUGGAGGCGGAGCGCCGCCGCUUGGCGAAGGUCAAGGCGGACGAGUCGUGGAGGUCGGAUGCUGCCGGCGAGGGCCACGGCGCGCCUCGACGGGACAGCGUUAGCUUCACCCAGCUUCAAACUGGCAACGUCAGGGACAAGCUGAACGUGUUCGAAGGGGCUUCCGGUUCCAAGGUCGGCAAGGAGAAACCUGGAAACCGGUCGAGUGUCGGUGCCCUUCACGGCAGGGGGCUGGUCACCGCCUGGGCGAAGAAAACCACGGAUCACCACCCCGCCUCCACCGCGAUCAACGAACAAGACAGCAGCGGGUGGUCCCCGCCUCCUCCUUGGUCUACCGGAGGCCGGACACGCUCGCCGCCGCCCCGCGCCGGCGACUCGGACGAGCAGGAGGAGUUUACGUGGAAGGCCGGACCGUCACCUUGCCGGCUGAAGGGGAGGCCAAGCCUAGGCCUUAUCCGCAACGGGCAGGUUCGGAUCAUGUCCAAGGCAUUGCUGAUGUCUUGUCCGGAGGGUAGGCGCGAGGGGGGGGGAACGCCCACACACCUUGCUGGCGGUCGUGCGGACGGCGGGAUGGCUGCGGCGAGGGCCAAGGGCGCGAGCGGGGCUUGGGCCAAGCUGCAUCGCAGGCUCGAGGAGGAAAGCAAGAACUUUAACGGGACAAGGCGCGCCGAGGUCGUGCCUCCCGUGGUCACCAGCGGGUGAUAAAUUCUGCUGGACGGCCUCUUGAUGCGGGGUGCGGUGAGACGAAUGCCGCUAGCAAUAGGUAGCAAGCAGCCAGACCUCGAGCAGUGUGGCACUCACAAGCCGAGCUAGAGAGGAGCUAUCACAUACGUCACCGGUGGCGGGAACAAGCUCAAUGUAUUCAAUAACACGGGGAUGGAGGUGGAGCUGACGAGCAUCUUGUGUGGGGGGUGCCUACCCGUCAGGGUGCGCAAGGUUUCAUCCAACCCCGUACUCGACGGAGCAACGUUCAUGUUUUGUAGUGUUCCUGACCGAGGCUGCUCGUGAGCCUACACUUGGGGGCAAGUAACGUGCGAGUUUUCGUCUUGUAUGGGGAUGGUCGCAAGCAUAUACACCAAAUUGCACAAACUAGUGCAUGUUGAUACAAGGAUUUUUCACACCAGUUUGCCGUAAGCGUAAUUGUUUAGAACGAUCGUGUAAGCGAGCAAGAAGGAAGGAAGUCAUGUGGCCUUGUGCUUUUUUUGCUUGCUGCGUGGUUUUCGCGUGUGUGACUCAUGGUACGUUAUGGAGGAGAUAGUCCCGAGGGAUUGAAGAGGAAUGGAAAUACGACAAUGCAUUGGGGGUGAUGUCGAGCAACAAGGGGCGGUACGUCGAUCCUUGGUGCGGGGCGAAAAAACAAUGUUCACAUGUUUUUGCUUGGCCGUUCUCGUCGUGAUCAAUUCGAAGGGCGGGGUGUUGUUUCGAUGUAAUCGUUUUUCAUUGUCGCUGUCGCUAUCGCUGUCAAAUUGUUGUUGUCGUCGUUGUCGCUGUUGAUGUGGUGUUGAUGUUAAAAGUAGCUGUGACUUCUUCCACCUCGUACGCAAUCUUCGGUACUACGAUAGUCCAGCUGGUGUAAGAACACCGCACUUUCUUCUCUCGAGAACACAAGUUAGCCCUGUGUGUUGUAUUUGACUUGCAGGGAAAACCCUUCCCACCUCCAGGGUGUGGCAUGAGGUUAGCCUGGUCAGCAAGCAGUAUAUAUCCCGACAAUGAUCUUCUUUCGCGCUCCGCAGGGAUGGGAGGAAUACUUUUUCAGGAUAGUUUUGUUGGUAAUGGCUCGUUUUGCUGACUUACCCACCGCGUGGAGAAACGGCCUCUAUUUUAUUUUUGGCUUUUCUUUGUCCCAUAGCAGUAGUUUG